UCUUCCAGAUAUUCUUCUGUCAUCCGAAGGCUGCAUAAAUCUGCUCUAGAAGUGGCGGAACGUCCAGCCCCAGAUGACACGGUGACCGGCAGUUUUGGCGCGUUCAUCCAUGGCGUGCGGCCAGACCAGCUCUCCCAGACGGUGCUGCGGCGGAGUAAAAGGAUGGUGCUGGACAGCAUUGGCGUGGGUCUCCUGGGUAGCACCACCCAGGUGUGCCAGCUGGCACUGCAGUACUGCCAGCACAUGUACGCCCCUGAUGACAUCAGCUCCAUCUAUGGCCACAGCGGCGUCAAGCUGUCCCCAACGCUGGCCGCGUUUGUCAACGGAGUGGCGACUCACUCAAUGGACUUUGAUGACACCUGGCACCCAGCUACACACCCUUCUGGGGCAGUGCUUCCUGCCCUCCUGGCCAUUUCUGACAUGUUGCCCAGCAACAUUAAGCCAAGUGGGUUGGACUUCCUCUUAGCCUUCAACGUGGGCAUUGAGAUCCAGGGCCGACUGAUGAGGUUCUCCAAUGAGGCACAAAACAUCCCUAAGAGGUUUCACCCCCCCAGUGUGGUGGGAACUAUGGGCAGCGCUGCUGCCUGCGCCCGUCUCCUGUCCCUGGAGCGCGCUCAGUGCAGCCACGCCCUUGCCAUUGCCGCCUCCCUGGCAGGUGCCCCGAUGGCCAACGCCGCCACCCAGGCGAAGCCGCUGCACAUCGGGAACGCAGCCCGGUUCGGCCUGGAAGCGGCGCUGCUGGCGUCCCGCGGCCUGGAAGCCAGUCACCUGGUGCUGGACGCCGUGCCGGGCGUGGCUGGCUUCAGCGCCUUCUACGAGGACUACGCCCCACGGCCGAUGCCUUCUCCCGAGGAGGCGGAGCCCCGCUUCCUGCUGGAAGAGCAGGAUAUAGGCUUCAAGCGCUUCCCUGCACACCUGGGCAUGCACUGGGUGGUGGAUGCCGCUACCUCAGUGCACAAGCUGCUGGUCAGUGCCGAGGGCGGAGCUUUCUCCCCAGGCCUCAUCAGAGAGGUCCUGCUGAGGGUGCCGCCCUCCAAGUACAUCAACAGACCCUUCCCCGAGUCAGAGCACCAGGCCCGCCACUCCUUCCAGUUCAAUGCCUGCUCUGCCCUGCUGGACGGGGAGGUGACGGUACAGUCCUUCUUGCCCGCUGCAUUCCAGAGGCCCGAGCUGCGUGCCCUGCUCUCCCGCGUGCGGGUGGAGCACCCCCACGACAACCCCGGCAACUUUGACCGCAUGUACGGAGAGGUGCAGGUGAAGCUGGUCGGCGGGGACGUCCUCACUGGCCGCUGCGACACUUUCUACGGACACUGGCGCAACCCGCUCACCGAUGAAAGCCUCCGCAGGAAGUUCUGUGCCAAUGCUGGUGCCGUGUUGCCCCAAGAGAAGGUGGAGGGCCUGAUGGAGACGGUGGAGAGGCUGGAGCAGCUGAGAAACUGCAGCCCACUCCUGGAGCACCUGCAGUGAGUGGUGCUGUCCAGCGGGGAGAGACAUCAAUGUAGCAAUGUAGAGUUCCCGCAGUUUCCCUCUCUACCCACAGCCACCCUCUCCCUGUCUAAAUAACAGCGUUACUUUCGUAAGACUGGGGUUUCUACACACUGAGUAUGUGCACAGACUAUAAAAAGUGGAACUUAAAGCACCAGAACAGAGUAAAAAGUAAUACUAAAUGUAUUGCAAAACGCCAGCUCCAAGUUCCACUGAUGCACAUUAAAUUGCAAUGGUCUUAAAUCUGAGAAUCAAUUCUGUAAAAACUGGUUUCAAUCAAAAUUGUUUAAUUGAAAAUAAGAUGAACCAUGCUGAAGUGAUGAUCCCAUUCCCUGUGAAUCAGUGACUGUUCUAUAUUCUUAUGAAUGCCACUAAAAGAUUUAUGACCUUGAAAUACUGUCUGUAAAGUUAACAAUAAAUCCCAUAUUUUGUAAUGAUCAGUGAUAUAAUCUUGAAAAAUCAUUUACUGUACUUUCAGAAAGGGUUUGUGUUCAUCUGUAGCAAUGCAACUGUAUGUUCUGUAAAUAUAUGCUAAAUUAAUAUUUGUUAAC